CGACUCUGUUCAUUCGCCUGCAGCAAAAUUGUGCAUUKCAUUCCGUCCAUCAAUUCACACAUCCAUACAUCCACCAUGCCUAAAUCGAAAUCAAAAGYGCAAGCCUCCACCGAAGCGGACGACUCYCUCGCCAUCUUUCACGACGGGGAAGCCUCCCAGAGCCUGCUCCCGGACCCGCCCAGCGACGACGACGGAUACGUCUAUCCCGUCACCGCCUUCCCGCCCCGCUCGGCCUUUGAGGUCUCGAACGACUUCCCGGCCCUGAUCCUCCCCGCGAAACGAACCAACCAGGUGCGAAACCAAUUGAAAUCCAUCCUGCUGUCCCGGCCGCGAUUGUCGGUCGUGGUGGAGGUGUCCGAAAGCGACUUGGACUCCCCGGGGGACCAAGCCGGCAAGGAUCCGCCGGGUCCAUCUCUCGUCCUGACGAWAGAAAACAUGAGGGGGUACCGAAAACUCGUCCUGCAUCCGCAAAGGGCUGGGCUCCAUCCGCCAUCGAAACAACAACAACAGCAAGAUCCUGCAACACCCAGCGAGAACCRCCAACACGAAAUGAACCAUCUCCUGCGGUCCCUCCUCGACGACGAACCCGAAUCCUUCCGGCUGGGAAGGCACACCAUCACCCUUUCCUACGACCACUGGACGGCCGAGGAAAUCCUCAAGCGCCUGCUGGUUCCAACGGGCAUUGCCGAGGUCCCGUCGUCCUUCGAGGCGGUCGGGCACCUGGCCCACGUCAACCUGCGGGGGGAGGUCCUCCCCUACAAGUUGCUGAUCGGAAAGGUACUUCUGGAAAAGAACUCCCCCCGGAUCCAGACCGUCUGCAACAAGGUCGGAUCGAUCGGCGACAGCGAGUACCGGACCUUUGGCAUGGAAGUCAUCGCCGGAAAGGAUCACGAGAAAGACGGAGAUGGCAGCGGCAGCUGGAGCGAUGUGCUGGUCAAGGAAGAAGGAUGCGAGUACCAACUGGAUUUUCGAAAGGUCUACUGGAACUCGAGGCUCGGGGGAGAGCACCGACGGUUGGUCCAGCUCAUCAAGARAGAUGCCGCGGCUAGAGCACAACCGCAACACACAUCGACAAGAACGUCGACGCUUGUGGUGGCAGAUUUGAUGGCGGGGAUCGGACCCUUUGCCAUUCCUCUCACCGCCAAGAACCUCCUUCGCAACGGCAAAAACAAUGGCAAACGACAAAACAACAAAAAGAAACAGAAAGGCAACAACAAUGGCGACGGGGGCGGCAGGUUGCCCCCCAUGCCCAUCGAGGUCUAUGCGAACGACCUGAAUCCUUCCUCGUACGAGUUUCUGGUGGCAAACGCCAAACGAAACAAGUGCGACUUUGAAAGCGACAAGAACUUUGAUUCCGGCGGCGGCCAAAAACACAACCUACACGUUUCCAACAUGGAUGGCAGGGCCUAUUGCCAUCGUUUGCAGGACAAGGGCAUACGCCCGGACCAUUUUCUCAUGAAUCUUCCGGCCAGUGCCCUCGAAUUGCUGGAUUGCUUUCGUGGAUACCCCAGCGAYAGYGACGGGAGCAGGCCCCGAAUCCACGUCCACUGCUUCGCCCCCAAGGACCCACAGGCCUCCAGGAGCGAGAUAUGGAAGCGCGCCGAAACCGCCCUGGGGUGUCCGCUGCACGAGACCGACGACGCGGUGGUGAUCCACACCGUGAGGGACAUUGCGCCCAACAAAAACAUGUACUGCCUGAGCUUUCUGAUCCCGACCGCUGCGUGCACGUUGCCCCGGAUAGACCUGCAAAAGGGACAAGAGAAACCCCUGGGGGACUCGGAUCCGAGCGAACAACAGCAAGAGCAAAAACGAGAAAGGAGCGAGAGCGACACCGACACCGGCGCGGGAACAGAAGCUAACGCCAAGAAACAAAAGCAAACCGAUUAGUAUUCAAAAGAGCAAAAACAGCAGUCUACAGU